UUCGAAAAUAUAUAAGUUAACAAGUUCAUUUUACAAGUUUUAUUGUAAAAUGUUUUGAGAAAAAAGUUAAAGGUUUCCAUGAAAAGAGACUUUUGUGUAAAAUGCAAUGAUUUGUGUUUAGCACUUGAUUUAUUUGAUAAAGGAUGAAGGUUAUAUAUAGUUAUUUGAAAUGCAUUUAUUAUAAUAGUACUAUUAUACACAUGGUACAUGAUUGUUAAAUUACUUAAUUACAAAUUAGAAAAAUUUUAAUAAUUCAAUCAAUUAGAUAAAUAAAAUAUAUAAAAAUGAGUUCCAUCAAUGAUAAAUACAGUAUUGCAGGGCGAUACCGUACUGUUAGAAAACAUUUAGAUACUCUUGGAUAUAAACAAGCUCUGUCGUUAGAUUCACUUCCUUUGAUAGAGCUUCUUCUAGUUGAUCUUGCUGAAACUAGAGAAACUAUGAAACAUUAUCAAGCAAUAGCUCAAAAUAAAAUAGAUGCAUGCGGUGAUAUUCAUUCGGAGAUAGACCCUUAUAAGUGUAACAAUUCAAAAUUAGUACAAGAAUGCAAUCAACUCCAUUUAGAGUUGAUAGAAGCAAAAGAAGAAAAUCAAAAGCUUUCUAAUGAUUUCAAAAAGAAAAUCAGACGAUUAGAAUGUGAAUUAAGUGAUUUGCAGGCAUCAUUUGUAAAAAAUCUGCAGAGAAUAAAACAGUUAGAAACUGAAUCUGCAGAGAAAAGUAAAAAAAUUUUAGAACUUACUGGAAAAUGUUGCAAACCGAGUGUUAGUAAUGCUAAUUUAGCUGAUAGAAAAAAAUCAGCUUAUCCAUUGAGACGGCCAGUUUUACAUGCAGAUCCUCUUCCACCAUCGCCUAAAAAAAGCAUCAAUUCUUCAUGCACCACAUUUACUUCAAAUAAAGUUGAACCUUACAUGGUAGAUUUUGUAAGUAUGGCUGAUAGAAGAAUUAAUGAUAUGACAAAACAGGUAUCAGAUUUGAAGGAAGAGCUAUAUGAUAACUCUGAAAUUAUUGAAUCUUUGAAAUCCAAGUUAUCUUGUAAAGAAAAAGAAAUAACCCGUUUGAGAAAAGUACUUGAAGAAGGUAGACCCUACACGUCAGACAGUAAAAAAGAUCAUUGCUACUUGGAAAGUGAAAAAUCUAGUCGGUACAAUAAAGAGCAGCUACUGUCAGAAAAAAUGCAUUUGGAACAUCAACUUAAAGAAUCUCUAGAAAAACAGCAUGAAGCUAUGACUAAAGCACUUAAAAUGGCCAAAAGAAACGAAGAGUUGGAAAAUCAACUAAGAUGUGCAGAUCGUAUGGCUUUGAAUGCUGAAGCUGAUUGUAACUCGACUGUAAAAGAAAAUAAUAAAAGAGUUUGUAAACUACAGAAAAAGUUAGAAGACCUAAUGACUCAGGUACAUACUUUAAAAAGUGAAUUGACCAUUCAGAGUCGUGAAGCUCAAGAACUGAGAGCGGAUCUAGAAGCUUGUCGAUUAGAAAAAACCAAUGUUCAAAGAAUCUUAGAAAACACUUUGGAAGAAAAGAAGCAGAUGACGGAUAAAUUUAACCAGUUAACUAUGACAGCUGAUAGACUGUCAUCUGGAUCAAGAUGCUACAAAGAAGUAAAUCAAAACAAUAUGCCAAGAGAAUGCAUGUGUCGGAGGGAAACUGAAGAUGGAUCUAACGAUAAGCUUAUUCAUGAAAAAAAUAUUAUAAUUGAUUCGUUGCAAACUACAAUAGAAAAGGUAGAAUCGGAACGUGAUCAUUAUAAAUGCGAAUAUUUCAAAUUUAAAGAAUUAUUUAAAAAGGACGCGGAUAAAGAUGACAACGAUUUGUGGUCUCAGGUUUGUGAACUGCGGGCACAAGUAAGCGAGAAAGAACACACAAUAUCCAAAUUAACGCGAGAGAAACGAGAAUUAGUAAACGAGAAGUUUGGCCUUAAAAGCAAGAUUCAUACAUUAGAAAAUCAGCAAAAUCGAAAUAUAUCGCCUACCAGAACAUGUUUCUGCGAUUCUAUAGCUCAUGGAGAAAAGCUGAGUACUAGUUCAAACAGUAAAUUAGAAAGAGUUGAACGGGAAAGAGAUAUCGCAAAAGCUGACGUUGAAAGGCUAAUACAAGAACGAGAUUCUUUGCGUGAAAGAUUGCAGAUAGCAAGCGCAUCUCAGAUGUCGGAAAUACGUCGAAUGUGCACAAAAUUAACCGACACUGAGACUAGACUUGAAAAUUGCGAGCGCGAAAGACGUGAACUUUUGAUUGCUCAGGGUGGAAGAAAGGCCGCACUUCAAGGGAUGGAUGAAAAAUUCGACGAUUUAAAAGAGGAAUUAAAAAGAACCAAACAAGAGCUAACUGAACAGCGAACGCAAUAUUUCCAAUUAAGAACUCUGCAAGACCAAACGGAUCAAGCUUUGAGUGACAUUCAGGGUCAGCUGGCACAAACCGAGGGUGAACUCAGUACUGCAAUAGAACGUUGUAAAAGUUUUGAACGGCAACAUCAGCAGCGCGACAAUAAAAUGAAAGAAUUGCAACAAGAAAUAUCGACGCACAGAUCACGUAUGGCACAAAUCGAUCGCGAUAAAGAUCAACUUUUGAUGGAGCUGGAUGAAAAGACGGAGAAAAUAGCUGCUCUGGAAAGAGAAAUAGUUUUUAAAGAAACACAGGUCAACAGUUUAGAACAGCAGAUCCGAGAUGUUUCACACAACAAACAACUCUGCUUGGAGCAGGCCAACGAGAUGGAGCAUCACACGCGAAGCCUGAAAUUGGAGCUGGAAAAUUUGCAGCGGCAAGUGCAAUCGGUGAGCCUCGAGCGCGACACCACCAUGCAAGAGGCUCACCGGUUGGCCGACGAUUUGGCGUCGAUAUCUUGCGAGCUGCGCACGACUCGUAGCGAGCUCGAGGCCUCCAAAGCCGAGGUCCAAGAUCUCAAGCGACAGUUGCAGACCUACGUGAGCGAGGUCAGACGGGCCGAAGAACUCAUCGGUCAGAAGGAGAACGAGCGUACGGAGAUGCUCAAUCACUUUCGAAGUCUGAGCCUCGAAGCCAGCGCUUUGGAGAACAACAAUCACAGUUUGGAAACCGAAGCCGCUGAGGCCCGUAGCGCUUUGCAAUCGGCACGAGAUCUUGUGACUGAUCUCGAGAGGCAACUCUCCGACAAAGAUGUUCUCGUUCGCGGUUACGAAAAUCAGAUUAUCGAACUAACCCAGAGUGUGGCCAGUUUGGAAAUUCAAGUGCAGCAAUUAGAAGAUCAGAGGCUGCAUCUCCAAGACGAGCUUCGUACCGUACGAACCUUGUGUGUGACGCUCGAACAGCAGAAGGAUUCCCUCGACAAAAAGCUCGACGAGGCCAUUGAACGCAAAACUGAGUUGGAACUACAGCUGGAUCGCUAUCGAUCGGAACAAGAUAUAUUUCACGAUCAAAUGAAUAAAGACCAUAUGAUGAUCGAUCGUCUGGAAAAGUUGCUGGAAGAAUCGCGCAAGGAAACCGCCACGGCUCAGUGUAAUCAACGAGAAUUACAGAGCGAAAUAACCAGAUUGAAAUACAAGAUAUCGGACAUGCAGAGCAAACUGAGCGCCGAGACGAGCGAACUGCGAAAGUAUCAGACUCAAGCCAGCGAAUACGGUAAGCAGAUAAGCGAACUUCGACGACAGGUUACCAACGAGCGAUACGAGAGAGCUAAGUUACAAGACAACCACAGUAGUAAUGUUAUCGUAGCGUGUCUUAGUAAUAACGGGCGUGAAGCAGACUGCCAGAGUCGUCAACCGAAAAGUACAACAAGUGCUACAAAGUACCGUUGUAACACUGCAUGUAAUUGCGAGCCGUUGGAAUCGAUAAGGCGAUGCGAGAGUCAAAAUACGGACAGACGCAGCAGCAGUUCUAAUAGCAGAAGCAAAGAUGGCAAACUCGUGAAAAUUCGCGUAACCGAGUUGUCGGACGAUACGGGUCGACUGCGUUCCAAAACUUUCGUGCCUCGAAAAUAUGGCAACGAGUUGACGCAACAAUCAACCUGCUGCUGUUGUUCCUGCACGUCUGCUUUGGCAAAAGUUGACAACAGUCGCUUUAAAACUCGUAAUGAUCUGUCGCCUCGAUGGAUCAUCGAGACGUUGGAUCUUUUAAAUAAAGUAAUUCUUAAAAGAAAAAGGGCUAGGCUGAAGAACUGCAGUUCAAUCUCCAUUGUUGAGAAUCAAGAUAAGAUGGUUCAGACGUCCAUGAAGUAUUGUCCGAAAGAAAAAAAGCCACAAUCGCGAGAAUCUAAUUGUUCCAUUUCGAUGCAGACUUGUGUGAACGAUGCUACACAAAAUGACUUAGACAUGUCCAAACCGCAUUUGUUAACAGUACUGAGUGAAAUUCAAUUUUAUGCCGAAAGAAUCAAAGGUUAUUUCGAACGUAUAAAUGAAAAUUGCAACGAAGAUGCUUUAGAAGAAUGUAACAAGUCCAAAGUUCGAAUGCGUGAAAAUUCAUCUAAUAGGUCGAUUAAUGAUCCACUAACUCAGACGAUCGAAAAAGUUGAACCACUGUUAUUGAAAAAACGAAACAUUUCUUCGAGACAUAAAUCAAUAGUACCCAGCACUUCAACUCCACGGAGCAGUCAAAUCAAUUGCGAAAGUAAUUUAAACUUUUCAAAUCGUAAUUUGAAAAAAGACAAUUUUACGGGAUUAAACAAAAAUAUACCAUGUUACGAAAACAGUGACUCAGAUUCAACAGAUUAUUUACAAUUACCUGGUCGACUUAAAAGUAUUAACAGUUUAGUAUUUGAAGAUUUGCCUGUCGUUAAUAGUAGUGAAUUGGAACAAAUUCAAGAAAAAAUCGAGCUGCUUCGAAGGGAUUUGGCCAUGGAUUAUGCAGAUAGUUUCGAAGAAUCUGAUUGUGAAGCAAAUGCAAAUAAUAAAUUUUUAUAAAUAAUUAGUCAAUAUUAACGCGAUAGAAACGUGUACCAAAAUAUUAUUUAAAUUGAUUAGAUAAAGUCAUAAAAUUUAAUGGGCAUGCUAUUUGUACGUACGAAAUUGUUGACACAUUUCUUCAAAAUGAAUUU